AUGUCAGGAUUGAUAUUGAGAGCUGCGAAUGAUUUUUCAGUUUUUUUUCUUGGUACAUCUCGAAGUGACGAUUCAACAGGUGAUCGUCUUAGUUAUCGAUAUACAUGUGCUAUACUCAUUGUAUUUGCUGUCAUCGUAUCUAAUCGAGAAUUUACUAUGAAACGUAUUCAAUGUUGGGUUCCAGCAUUUUUUACAGGAAAUUAUGAAGAUUAUACAAAUAAUGUAUGUUGGGUUCGUAAUACGUAUUAUAUUGAUGAUCAUAAGGAAAUACCGGAAAAUACUAAUAUACGUUAUGAAUCAUCUAUUCGUUACUAUCAAUGGAUACCAUUUAUACUUUUAUUUCAAGCAUUUUUUUUCUUUGUACCAUAUGUUUUAUGGAGAGCGUUAUCUCAACGAUCGGGAAUUGAUGUUCGAGAUAUUGUUGAAGCUGCGACUAAUUAUAAAAAAUCAACAAAUGAAAAACAACGAAAAGAAUUAAUGACAUAUAUGGUUUCUAUUAUCGAUCAAUAUGUUGAUGAUCCACGUCGUCAAUCGAAUAAUCGUGAAACUCUCUGGUGGAAAAAAUGUUUUUUAGUAUUUUUUCCAUCAUCUGGUCGUUAUAUGGGAGACUAUUUAAGAAAUUUAUUUCUAUUUAUCAAAAUAAUCUAUGGGAUAAAUGUUUUUGUACAAGUCUUACUUUUAUCUUUUCUAUUAGGGCAACCAUUUUGGUCGUUAGGUUUUACAGUUCUUAGAUUUUUAUAUGAAGGACGAGGUUGGGAUUAUCAGAGUCGAUAUUUUCCCAAAGUAACAUUAUGUGAUUUUCAAAUUCGCGAGGUAAAUGCAUUGCCUAUUGCACAUACAUAUACAGUUAUGUGUGUUUUACCAGUUAAUCUCUUUAAUCAGCAAAUAUUUACAUUUUUAUGGUUUUGGCUUGUGAUUGUUAUUUUUUUUACAAUAUAUGAUUUACUUAUAUGGAUGUAUCGAUUAUUUUUCCGACGAGAAAUUCAUUUAAUAGGACGUUUGAAAGUCAUGAAUCGAGAAUUAGUAGAAAAAUGGCCAUUUAACGAUUUAUGUGCAAAUCACAUUAAUGAAGAAGAAAAUGAACAUAUGAUGAAAGUUCAAAGUCGUGAUGAAUCUACUGUCACUGGAGAUCAAGUCUAUACUUUAAGUGAUGGACGAAAAAUUCAUCAUCAAUCAAGGAUGUUUAUUGUACCUCGUAUUUAUUACAAGAAUAAUCGAACAAUAUUUGAUUUUUUUAAUAUAGAAUAUUUAGAACCUGAUGGAUAUUUUAUUUUGCGAAUUAUUGGUACGAAUGCUAGUGAUUUUGUUGCAACUAGAGUUCUUCAUCAGUUAUAUGAAUUAUGUUGCGAAAAACGAUUUCGUCCUUAUAAAGUACCACCAGAAAAACCGGUAUCUCGAGCAACCCUUUAUAAAUACAUGAUUAUUCCUCAAGAAACUCCAGUACCAGAACAACCAGAAUUAGAACAACCAACAAUACCCAUUGAUGAACCCAUACGAAUGACUAAUUCAUUUGCUCCACCUCUUUUACCUCGUUCAUUACGAAAGGAUGGUCAAUCAUCAGAAACAAAACAAGAAACAUCACGUAAUUCAUCUCAUACUGAACAUGAAACUCGAUUAUCAUCUGAUAAAUUUUAA